CAUCAUCCAUCAACCAUCAACCAACUUCUCCUGCCAACUUCCAACUUUCUCUCAUGAAUAUCAUCCUAAUACCAACAACGUCACAUACUCCCCUCAUCUAUCUUCAUUCCGCCCUCAUUUUUGCAACAAAUAGAUGAAAUCCUCCUUCCCCUCAUGAUCAUUACCACCCCUUUAAAUCAAGCUCUUAUCGUCGUGCCUCUAACCCGCAGCUCUCCCCCCUCUAAAUUGGCAACUCACAUCGUAUUGUCCAUCACCCUUGUAUUUAUCGUCCCUUCUAUCAAUCAAGGAAACCAACAUCCAACCAACUCUCCACCCAACCACGAGCUGCACAUCUUCAUGAUCCCAGGAUCAAGCUCCUACACAAGCUCUAGUGGAUCCAUUGCCAACGGCUUGAAUGCAGGCAAGGUUGCAUUAGACUCGGAAGAAUGUAAAAUGUGGAGCUGGAUAAGGGAGACAGAUAGGUUGAUAGAGAUGAUCUUCACGAUGCAGGUUGGUAGGUCCAUUUACUUGGAAGUGACAGGUACGUGGGUAGUAAGUGAUAAGCUAAGCAACGUCCCGCGUGAGGUCUGAUUUUGAUUUUGAUUUUGUCUUUCGAAGUUUCUCUUGUUUUGAUUUGCUUUGUUAUUGUUGUUGUUGUCCUCCCCUUCAAAUGCUAGUUCACUUCAAUUCAGGCCGCGCUUUCCUGUCCUCGCGUCAACAGAGCUCGUGAAUAUCAAGGCACAAGACAAUCAAACCUCGACUUGCGAUCCUCCACGUCGAAUUCACCCAACAGAACCCUUGUGUAAAAUAUUAAUUUUGCAUUUGCAUUGCAUUGCUUUGGAAUAUUUUUUGUGCAGCAUCUUCUACGCUUUGGCUUGUACUGCGUCUGCAUCGCUUUGUAAACAAACCUCUGGUCCUCCGUCCACACAAACCUCAAUUGGAGCUCUAGUUCAGCAACCACACUCGCUCUGGAAGCAUCAAUAAAGCUGUAUUCGACCUGGAAAUCCUCUCAAUUGCGACACUCGCUCCCAAAGCAUUGAUAGAUCUCCAGCAUGUUUAAGCAAUUCCUGGCAAUCGCAUUGGUUGGAUGCUUAGCUCUUCAAGCCUCAGCACUACCUACCAUCACCGUCAAGGGCGCAAAGUUCUUCGCAGGCGGCCAACAGUUCUUUCUCAAGGGCGUCGCUUAUCAAGGUACUCCAGCUGAUCCCCUCGUCGAUACCAACCAAUGCCAACUCGACGCCAAAUCCAUGCAAUCCAUUGGCACAAACUCAAUUCGAGUCUACCACGUUGAUCCAGAUGGCAACCACGAUGGCUGUAUGUCCGCCUUCAGCGACGCCGGAAUCUACAUCUGGUUGGACCUCGAUACCUUCGAAACCCAAAUCGUACAAGCCACACCAACAUGGACCAAAGAGCAAUUCUCCGCAUUCGCCAAGGUCAUGGACGAGUUCCAGCAAUAUGAUAAUUUGGGGGGAUUUUGGAUCGGAAACGAGGUCAUCAACAAUCUUGGAGGAUCGCCAUCUGCGCCAUAUAUCAAGGCUGCUGUCGCGGAUAUGAAGUCCUACAUGUCUGCCAAGAGCUAUCGCCAGGUUCCUAUCGGGUACUCUGCUGCUGAUAUCGCUGAACUUCGUCCUAUGUUGCAGAAUUAUCUGGCUUGUGGUGAGGCUGAUGAGGCUAUUGAUUUCUUUGGCCUCAAUUCAUAUGAAUGGUGUGGCACUGCUACAUAUGAAACUUCUGGUUAUGCUGGUCUUCAAGCUAUGACUGUUGGAUACAAUCUUCCUAUCUUCUUCUCGGAGACUGGUUGUAAUGUUGGUGGAGAACGUACUUUCAAUGAUCAGAGCGCCAUUUUUGGUCCCGAGAUGAUCGACACAUGGUCCGGCAGUAUCAUCUACGAAUGGGUUCAGGAGACAAACGACUACGGUAUCGUGGACUAUCCUAAUGGCGAAAUUUACAGCAGCACUCCAACUCCAAUCCAACCAGACUUUAACAACCUCGCAAAUGUUUGGAAGGAUAUCAAUCCAGUCGGAGUCUCCGAGGACAGCUAUAGCCCCACAUUCAGUCCACCAGCCUGCCCUGGUGCUACUGGUGGAUGGGCUGUCAAUGGUAACGUCCCACUUCCAAGACUGGACACAAACAUCAUCAAAUCAGUUGCUUCCGAAGUCCACACACAAAUCAAACCCAGUACAUCGAAUUCUCCCAGUCCGACUGCGGAGAACACAGGAACUUCUUCCCCUCCGUCACAGUCCUCACCCACUACUACGGGUGCCAGUCCCGCAGCUACAGAAUCCAAAUCUGCCGCCACGGCUUUGAGAGCCACUUCUCUUGGAGAGUGGGUCAAGCAUGUUGAUAACCUCGGCGGACACGGUGGAUUGAUCGGCUUACUUUUCGUGAGUAUCUCGCUCAUCCUCAUCACGGGCUCUUUUUUAUCCUGAUCUGGAGGACUGUGAGCCUCAAGAUUAAAGGGUGGAGAGAGGGGAGUGUUGGUUGGGGGUUUGAUGAUAGUUUACGUGAUAGGGAGGAGUGUUUGAGUACUAAUGAUGGAAAUGCCGAUUUUGAUUGUGGGGAUCUUGAUUGGAAUGGACGUGGUAAUGAGUGGCGGGGUGGUGAAUUGUCGGAUAUUGAGAAAGUUUUUAGGAAGGCGAGGUUGAGGAGGGAGAGGGUUGUCGAGAUGUGAUGCUGGGUAGUCUGGGGAGGGCUUGGAGGGGUUGGGGUAGUGUAGGACAUGGGGGUGGUAAGAAGGGAAAAGGGAAGGAAAGGGAGAGGAGGAAGAGAAUUAGAGAUGUGGAGUGGGCGAAUGCUUGUGAUUAAGUGAUUGAUGGGAAGGUCGAUCGAUCUUGAGCUGUCCGCUGCUUCGCUUCGUUGGAUUGUUUGCAUAGAUGAUAGAUGAUGAUGAUGAUGAUGAGACAUGGGAGAUCCAAAUAGAGGUAAUGAUAAUUAUUUUCCCAAUGGGUGGGCUAGUGAAGCUAUGUCUUGAAACAAGUGGU